AUGGGGAACAUUGGAAGCACCACCACAUGGGUUGUGGGAGGACCAGUGGGGCUAGGUCUAGCGGCCUACAUGUAUGACACGCAAAUACGUGAUCGUAUGCGGAAUGGGAGCUCAAGAGUGGCACUACCGGAACUUCCAGAAGAAGUCGUGGAUCGGAUCCAAGCCUAUCUACCCGUGUCUUCUUAUUUUAGGUCGCGGACAGUCUCAAAAAGAUGGUAUGCCAGCCUCUGUGCACCCAGUUUCUCCGAGAUUCGGAUGCAAGUGCAUCCACGGGAAGCUUGGUUGUUCAUACUUUCUUACCGGAGGUGCCGAAACUGGUCACAUGCUUAUGACUCUGUUUUCAACAAGUGGCACAAAGUGCCGCUAAAUUUUCUCCCUCCUGAUUUCAUGUACCCGACAGCAGCGUCGGGGGGACUGCUCUGCAUUCGAGCAUAUGUCGAUGGAGAUCAAGUCCUGUCGGUUUGCAACCCUCUUUCGAAAUGGUGGAGAACCUUACCUCCAUGGCAAGAAGAUCGCAUCGACCCUGUACUCGGCAUUUGUGUUGACCCCGCCACUCGUAACUACAAGAUCAUUGCGGUUGGCAGCUACGAAUCAGGAGCGCUAACCGAGGUGUAUGAUUCACGUACUAAUAGGUGGACUGUGACAGGAAGCCUACCUCGCAAAAUGUCGUUUGCUCGAACUGCAUUCUGCAGUGGGUUUUUCUAUUGCAUGACUUCAGGUCCUCCUGAUGCCCUCCUCGCGUAUACCAUAGACCUCGGUGAGUGGCGGGUAGUACCAGUCGCACGGCCAGCCUUCUUGUGGUACGGUGACCUGGUUGAACACUUCGGACGUUUGUUGCUCAUAGGUGCUGUGAGAAUCGACCAAACCUUUGAAGGGGUGAGGAUAUGGGAGCUCCAGGAGUCCACAGCCAAGUGGGUGGAGGUUGAAACAAUGCCGGAGCGUCUCUUCAAAGAGUUCUACCGGAAGGGGAGGAUGUUUUACUCCUUUCAAUGUGUUGGCUCUGGGAAUCUACUCUACCUGCAUGUCAAGAAGACCCCUCGCAUCUUAGUGUGUGAUUUAAGUCGGACCCCUCCCAAUUGGCGGUGGCUUCCAACUAGCCCUGCCUGUGCUGAUUGGUCUGAGGUCUCCAUCUGGGGUUUCUGUAUUGAUUCCCGUCUAGAGGCAUUAGAGUUGCAGUUGAACGACAGUCCUUACACAACUGGGAUGGAGCUGACGUCGGCAGCACAUCUGGUUGUGGCUUUAACAAUUAGCGACGUCCUGUCUCUCGACCUCGAAGUCUACUGA